GCUGGAGGAGCAGGAGGAGCAGGAGGAGCAGCCGGAGGACUGUAGAGAAGUUCCGCGCUCGGAGAUCGGCGGUGUGAGAGACAGACAGCGGUCAGACUGGACAGACUGGACAGUGGAGAUGUCCAUGCAAAUGAGUAACUCUGAGGGGGCGGUAAAAGUGGCUGAAUGGCAGCACACAUAUUACUCCUCGGACUCCGGCAUCCAAUCAGGAGCCACCACAGUACGAGAGGAGGACGAGACUGAGAGCAACAAGAAGUUCCCCACAGAGAACACCACAGAUUUGGAUGGUCAGUACAGUCUGACCCGUGCCCAACGCGUCAGAGCAGCAAUGUUCCCGGAGACACUGGUGGAGGGAGAGUCAACGCUGCCCACUCAGACUGACCCUGAUCAGCAGACCAACGUCCAGAGACUGGCCGAACCAUCUCAACUCCUAAAGACUGCCAUCGUCCACCUCAUCAAUUACCAGGACGAUGCGGAACUGGCCACUCGCGCCGUGCCUGAGCUGACCAAACUGCUGGCUGAUGAGGACCAGGUGGUGGUGAACAAGGCGGCGCUGAUUGUGAACCAGCUGACGCGGAAGGAGGCCUCGCGGCGUGUGCUGAUGCAGUCUCCCCAGAUGGUGGCGGCAGUGGUCAGAGCCCUGCAGGCCGGAGACUUGGAGACCUCCCGCUGCGCUGCCAGCGUCCUGCACAGCCUCUCCCACCAGAGGGAGGGGCUCCUCGCCAUCUUCAAGUCCGGAGGAAUCCCCGCUCUCGUACGCAUGCUCAGCUCCCCGAUGGAGUCGGUGCUUUUCUACUCCAUCACCACUCUGCACAACCUGCUGCUGCACCAGGAGGGGGCGAAGAUGGCGGUGCGUUUGGCUGACGGUCUGCAGAGGAUGGUCCCCCUGCUGAAGAAGACCAACCCCAAAUUCCUCGCUAUCACCACCGACUGCCUGCAGCUGCUGUCCUAUGGCAACCAGGAGAGCAAGCUGAUCAUUCUGGCUAACGGGGGUCCUGAGAGUUUAGUCUUCAUCAUGAGGAACUAUAACUACGAGAAGCUGCUCUGGACCACCAGCAGAGUCCUGAAAGUCCUCUCAGUGUGCCCCAGCAACAAGCCGGCCAUCGUGGACGCAGGUGGUAUGCAAGCUCUUGGCCAGCAUCUAACGGGCUCCAGCCAGCGCCUGGUUCAGAACUGCCUGUGGACGCUGAGGAACCUUUCAGAUGCUGCCACCAAGCAGGAGGGCUUGGACGGUCUUCUGCAAAUCCUGGUGACCCAGCUGGGCUCUGAUGAGCUGAAUAUGCUCACCUGUGCUACAGGAAUCCUCAGUAAUCUGACCUGUAACAACGCGCGGAACAAGGCCCUGGUGUGUCAGAGCGGGGGCGUGGAGGCGCUGAUCCACGCCGUGCUGAGGGCAGGGCAGAAGGAGGACGUGUGCGAGCCGGCCGUCUGCGCCCUGAGACACCUGACCAGCCGACAUGCGCACGCAGAACUGGCUCAGAAUGCUGUGCGGCUGCACUACGGGAUCCCCGCCAUCACCAAGCUGCUGGGACAGCCGUACUAUUGGCCUGUGGUGAAGGCCACUGUGGGACUGAUCCGAAACUUGGCGCUGUGUCCAGCCAAUCAGGCUCCACUGAGGGAGGCGGGCGCCAUCCCCCGAUUGGUCAACCUGCUGCUGAAGGCCCAUCAGGACACGCAGAGACUCGGAUCCAGCGCCCAGCAAACGUACCAGGAUGGAGUGCGUAUGGAGGAGAUUGUAGAAGGCUGUACUGGAGCUUUACACAUCCUUGCCAGAGAUCCAAUUAACAGGGGAGAAAUUUCCAGCAUGCAGACAAUUCCGCUGUUUGUACAGCUGUUGUACUCCUAUGUGGAGAACGUAAAGCGUGUAUCUGCAGGGGUUCUGUGUGAGUUGGCUUUGGAUAAGCAGUCUGCUGAGCUGAUCGAUGCUGAAGGAGCUUCAGCACCACUGAUGGAGCUCCUGCACUCGCCCAAUGAGGGAAUAGCCACCUACGCCGCCGCUGUGCUUUUCCGGAUCUCCGAGGAUAAAAGCUCAGACUACAGGAAGCGUGUUUCAGUGGAGCUCACUCACUCACUGUUCAAACACGACCCGGCUGCAUGGGAAAUGGCUCACAGCGCAAUGCCACUCGACGCAGGAUACAUGCCGGACGAUCUGGACGCUGCAUAUCCUCCGUACGGUUACCCUGACUUGCCCAUGGAUGGCCUCCCUCUGGACCCAGAGAUACAUGAGCAGUUCAUGCCAGAGAUGACCUUUGACUCCCGACAGGUGUACCCAGAGCCACUUUAACGCCACACUGAUGCAGGUCCAGUGGGUGAGCUGGAAGAUGAUUGACAGGUGUGGAGGCGGGGCCCGUGCUCAGGCGACCCGACAGCGUCAUGUUUCCAUGAAACAGGGUCCAGCCUGUGAAGAAACGGAGGCGUAAAAUCCUCCUUAACUUCAGUUCACUACCAGUCUGUGUUUGUGUGACAUGAACUCAAAAGGCUGUUUUUCUUUAUUUGUCCUACUAAAAGAGAAAAGCCUA